CUACCCACUCCGGCGUUUCAUUGGUUACCGAAACCUGACAUGUGUUGAUAAACUAAGGUUAUGUUAUCGAGCCCCUUUAAAACAAUUGUACACAAAUCCCGAAAUGGUCGAAGACGUAAACGAAAACACCACUGUGUUCCCCGGUGAGGUCAUCAAGGACGUGAAAGCAGUAAAAGGGGUGACAAUUCUGGGCCCCGGUUUGAAGCGCAACGAAGACCCUCCUAACACGUUACGAAUUACCAGAGCCGGCAAGCUCCAGUUCAAACCCCCCAACAUCUACUGGGUGUCCCACAACCACAAGCGCUACAUCCCGAAACGUGGCGACUUAGUUGUAGGAAUUAUAGUCAAAAAGGCAGGCGAUUCCCUCAGGAUUGACAUCGGUAGCGGCGAAUACGCGUCCCUUUCGAUGCUAGCCUUUGAAGGGGCCACGAAAAAACAAAAACCGGACGUGCAAGUCGGCGACGUGAUUUACGGGAAGUUGUUAAAUGCGCACAGAGAAAUGGAACCGGAGCUGGUUUGCGUGGACUCGUAUUUCAAAGCGGGGAAAAUGGGGCCGCUGUCGAACGACGGGUUUGUGUUUACUGUGAGUUUGGGACUCGUGCACCGGUUAUUGGACCCCGAAAACCCCAUUCUGACGGCGCUGGGAAAAGUGUUCCCGUAUGAAAUCGCGGUCGGGAUGAAUGGGAAAGUUUGGGUUAAUGGGCGCAAUACUAAGGAGGUUUUGACUGUUUUGAGGUGUUUGGAGACCGCGGAGUUGCACGAUGAUAAAGUUAUUGUAGAGUUGUGUAGACAGAGCAAAUAAAGUUUAAUCCCUGAUAA